CUUCGAUUUUUUUUCGUCUGCAUUUUUUCCUUCAGAAAAUGGAAGCAAAUAUUGAACAAACUGCCACCACGUCGGAUAACCUCGAACUAUCAGCAUGCGAAGGUUUUGUAGACCACGCCGAUUUACAGAAGUUUUCCUCAGGAUUCGAAAUGUGGUACAACUCUUCCUUGUCGCUGAUGAAAACAAACAUAGACCUUGCAGAUGAACUGGACGUUCAGAGAACAGCUAACAAAAACUUGAAUGAUAAAUUAACCAGUUUAUCGACAGAGAACCAGCGAAUUCAGGAUGCAUUGAACAACCUCUACUGCAAGAUGCACAUUUACUGCGACAGUGAAAAAGAAGUUGAGGACCUAAGAGAUCAGAUUGAAACAGUAAACAAGAAUUAUUUACAAAUUCAAGAACAAAUGAAGAGACUGGAAGAAAGUCACGUCCAGAAAGAAGAAAUGCUUCGUCAAGACGUAAACAUUCAAACGGAGUUGUUACAAAAGGAGUUUUGUGAGAAAAUGGAAGAAAAAACGGCAUAUUAUGAGGAAAUUAUCCAAAAGAAAAACCAAGAGCUGAAAGAACUUGACGCUUUGUUGAAGAAACAAGAUAUAGAUCAUAAAGCGGAAAUGACAAGUCAGUCAAUGGAAUGGGAGGAAAAAUUAUCUAAGCUCAAACAAAAACUAGAGCAAAAGCAGACAAAAAUGAGUAGUUCUAAUAACCAGGAAAUCUUCCGAAUGAAGUUCUUAAAUCUGAAACAGGAGUACGAUGUCGAAAUGAAGAAACUACAGCAGGUUAUUCAGACACUGGAGGAGAGACUAAGAUCGCGCUCUACCGAAAACACAGCAGUCCUCUCUGGAAGACCAAGUCUCAAGAAGAGGAAGCUGUGACGUCAUCGAUUGACCACGGCAGUCAUUCAAUCAUUGAAGAACACUAAAAAUGAGGGUUUAUAUGUAGUUUUAUUACAAAAAGACAACAACAUAUAUAAUUUAUAACAACGGCACAAAAUAACAAGCUAUAGGCGUAUCACGUAGAAAUAUAAAACAUGUAUAUAUAAAACACAAGAAUCGAGAAGACUCCAUGAAAUGACACUGAUUAGUCCUUUUUCUUUACAUUAAAAAAUUUAAAUUCCA